CCAUUAUUAGACCCACUCUACUGUUUUGCAUUUAAUUUGUGUGGACUAAAUAGAGCUAUAUGAUUCUUCCUGAAGACAGGCGAGUCUGAUGUUGACUAAAAUGCUUGUUCUUUUUGUCCAUUAGUAAUAUGAUCCUUCCUAGGAGAAUAUUAUGGUGUUUCUGGUCAUCUUCAUCUUAUUUCAUUUUUUAUUCUUCCUUUGCUUCUUCAUUUGUUCAUAAAUUUCUUGCAUCAGACUAGUUUCCCCGAAUAUUCAUCUCUAGUAUUUUGCUUUCUCUACCUUCUUCAAACUCAGUUGCACAAGAUCCUUCUUUUAUCACUGAUCAUGGCUUCUACUUCUUCCACUCCUCCCAAUCAGUGGAAGACAUGGGAUGUUUUUAUUAGUUUUAGAGGUGCUGAUACACGUUAUAAUAUUCUCUCCCAUCUCUCUAAAGCCUUGAAGGACAAACAAAUCAAGGCCUUUACGGAUGAAGAGCUUCGUAAGGGAGAAGAGAUCUCAUCAGAGCUCUCGAAAAUAAUCCGGGAAUCAAGUAUCUCAAUAGUCAUUUUCUCUGAAAAUUAUGCAGAUUCUUCAUGGUGUUUGGAUGAGCUCGUUCAGAUACUUAAAUGCAAGGAAAAAUCAGGACAAAUAGUUCUACCAGUUUUUUACAAAGUAGAUCCGACUGAGGUUCAAAAACUGACAGGGAAUUUUCGGAAGGCAUUUGCUAUUGCCAUGCAUGGAGAAAAAGGCACUUCACAAAAGGUGGACAACUGGAAGCGUGCUUUGAAAGAAGUAAGCAACUUAUCAGGAUGGGAUUUACAGGAAAUCAAGUAUGAGUCCAUAUUAGUUGAGGAAAUCGCCAAUGAUGUUUUGAAGAAAUUUAGUUAUAUGCCUAAAAGUGAUGAUUCUUAUGAUCGCAAAUUGAUUGGAAUUAAAUCGCGUGUGGAAAAAGUGGAAUGGUUGUUAAAAGAUAAGCAAGUUGUAGGAAUUUGGGGGAUGGGAGGUGUUGGUAAAACAACUAUUGCACUAGAAGUACUUCAUCGAAACAAAAAUCAAUUUACCGGUCAUUACUUUGCUGAAAAUGUUAGGGAAACAAUGAAAAAUGAAUCAUCAAGAUCAGUACGAACAGAAAUCAUUCGUCAAUUAUUAGGGGACAAACAUGUAGAUGGUUUGAAUGAUCAUGUUUUCAAAAGGCUCAAAAGUAUGAAGGUAUUGCUUAUUUUUGAUGAUGUAGAGGAUCGAAACCAUUUAAAAGAUUUAGCAGGAGAUUGUGAUUUGUAUGGUGAGGGAAGUAGAAUUAUCAUAACUAGUAGAGAUUCACUUGGUUUAUCAGAGGAAGACAGAUAUGAGGUUGAGAAGUUAAGUGAUUCUCAAGGUCUGGAACUCUUUAGCUUGCAUGCCUUCGAGCAAAAUCGUCCCAAGGAAGAAUAUAAGGAGCUGUCAAACAAGGCAACAAACUAUGCUGGAGGCAAUCCAUUAGCUCUUAAAAUUUUGGGAUCUCAUUUAUUUAAUAUGCACAUAGAAGAAUGGGAAAGUGAAUUGGAAAAAUUGAAAGUUGAACCUCUUGAGAAAAUUCAAGCUGUUUUGAAAACAAGUUAUGAUGGGCUAGGAGAUAAGGACAAGGACAUAUUUCUUGAUAUUGCAUGUUUCUUCAAAGGGCAAAAUAAAGAUGAGGUUGAGAGAAUAUUGGAAGCAUUGGUUUCUUUCCAAAAAGUGGAAUACCUCGCUUAA